AUGGGAACUCAUCCAAGUGGCCCAUCUAAAGUAAAAUUAGAUGAUCAGUCAGGUUCGGAAUUACUUUCUGAAUUUUUAAAACGAAAUGUAGAACAAUACUUUUCAAAAGAGGAAGUGAAUGAAUUCUUUGAAAAGAAGGGAUAUGAAUUUGCUUCAUUACCUUAUCUUUUCAAAAUUUUAUCUGUAAAUCAAGCCCUUUCCAUUCAGGCCCAUCCUGAUCAGACACUCGCUCAAAAAUUGUUCAAAAACGACCCAGAACACUAUAAGGAUCCUUACCACAAACCAGAACUAUGUUGUGCAUUGACAAAGUUUGAGGCUCUUUGUGCAUUUCAAAAUUUGGAAUCAAUUGUGGAAAAUAUCAAAAAUAUUGAAUCGCUCCAAUCACUUUUGAGAGCUCAAAAUAAUGAAUUAAUUGACUCUAUUCUAAGUAAUGAUGUAAAGGAUUCAUCUCAAGAUGAUAGAAAGAUUAUUUUGAAGAGUUUAUUUAAAAGUUUGAUGACAUCACCAAAAUCUCUCGUAGAAGCCCAUCUUCCAAACCUUGUAAAGAACCUCCAAAAUUCUACCUCAUCCAGAGAUCAAUUAAUUCUUAGACUUUACAAAGAUUAUGGAAAUGAUAUUGGAUGUUUCUCAGUUUAUUUCCUUAACCAUGUUGAGUUACAACCUGGGGAAGGAUUAUUCUUAGGUCCAAACGAACCUCACUCUUAUCUUUAUGGAGAUUGUGUGGAGUGUAUGGCAUCAUCUGACAAUGUUGUUAGAGCAGGUUUGACACCAAAAUUCAUUGAUACUGAAACACUUAUUGAAAUGUUGACGUACGACGAUCAUGCAUUAGAAAAGAUGAAGAUGGGUGGUGAAAAAGUCAACCAAUUUGAAACUUUAUAUACCACACCUGUUUCAGAAUUCAAGGUUCAAAAAAUUGUCUUGUCUAAAGGGGAUAAGUACACUCUUACUCCAAAUGCUAUUACUAUUGCUAUUGUUAUCAAUGGAAGUGGUUUAGUGAAUGGUGAAAACUCCAAGAAAGGAGAUGUACUUCUUUUCCCUUUUAAUUCCAAAACAGAUCUUGAAAAUUCUCAUGAGGAAUCUAUGGAAAUAUUUGCUGCUACAACUAAUAUUCAAGCUAAUUAGUCAUAUUCGAAAAAAUCUGUGUUUGGCAUUUCUGGCAAGCUUUCAGGUGCUUCAUCAUAUGUUUCUUUUUUGAUUUGAGUAAAGUUAUUUGUGAAUGUUAGAAAUUUGUUGGAUUGAACAGUUUUCUGAUCCUCAUGUUUUACU